AUGCUCCCCUCGUUCAUCGCUGAAGGGCGACCACCAUCCGUGGGCCCCUCCUCAAGUCAGUCCGGAAAGGGUGCGGAUGUCGAGCUUGACAGGAGUUCACGAUCUUCUACCUCGGAGGAUGUUCCCCCGAUGAUUCGCCACACCAGAGGGCCUAUCCAGCGCCCGUUUCGCCAACAGCGACCUGGGGCUGCCGGUGCUUGGAGUCGAUGUAGCAGCGACCAGUCCGGUGGACAAUCUCGUAGUGCCCUCCGUCCGUCUCGUCCACAGUACAACCAAAACAAGCAGCGUGCAUCAACCGUGAUGGGCCCCCGGCAGCCAGCCAUUAUUCCCCUUGAAUGGGGUCAGCGAAAGAAUGUCCUCGUCAUACUUAGCGAUGUCCCCGAGGGCACUUCUCCUUGGGAUUUGAAGCAGUACUUUAGUGGUUACGGCAACGUUAUCUACGUGGAGCUGGACGAGAGCGUGAGGAGACCCAGGGCGGGCAAAGUACGAUUCGAGCCUCCCCCGAGAGACACCAGCUUUAUAGAUAAUGGGAGGUGCAAGAUCUUGGUCAAAGGCAUCCCUCACACUAUAGACGCCCAUUUUGCCUCUCAGUACCGAUACGAAUCGAAUACAAUCAAGUCACCGCUGGGAAACGUGUGCGCGGAAAAGAUGGAGCUGGGUCUUGACAAGUUUGUUUUCGGGCUUUUGACCGAGCCUACGGUUUACAUGGGGAAGAAGGAGAUCCCUCGUGCUGCCAGUCUCAGUCUCAAGGUGGACUUUAAGCGGAAGAAGCUCGUUAUCAGCUUUCCGCUGAAGAUUGAGCAGGACUGGGAAGCAUUCCGGAUUGAGAUCAAGUUUGGAGUUAUCAAGCAUAUUUAUCGGGUGGAUGCCGCCCCAGAGCGCACCGUCUUGGUUCUGACCCUGGUGGACUCCCCGCUCUUCUGGAAGAGAAGGACGAACGAGGAUGGUUCUGCUUGGGCAGAUCGAACGACGUGGGAGCAGAAUGAGAUGUGGUGCCGGGCUGUCAAUGUCACCGACAGGAAUGACAAGAGCAGCGAUCGAAAGCCGGUGUCUCUUGACGAGUAUUCCAAUACAAUCGACUUUGGCCGAUGGACGACGUAUUGGAUCGAGCUGAGCUAUGCCAACCUCGCCACGUGGAGCAAGAUUGAACAUGACCUCCGAGACUGGAACAUCAAGACGACUGACGCCACUUUUACGCAGACACCAAACCGAGAGCCUGAGCUUUGGUCUAUUCUCAGAGAGUCCGAAGUGGUUUCUUCCACUGUUCAGGCAAACUCAUGGGCGGCAGAUUUGGCUGCUCUUGGGCAGACACGACCAUCUUUCUCCCGUUCGACGUCAGGUAUCAGCUGGAGGUUUGCAUCUCCCAGGGCAUCCUGUGCGAAUACAGCAUUGGGCGUGAGUUUCUGGAGAAGCUGCUCGAGCUUGCAGAUCCCUAAGGGUCAAGACCCUCAGCGAGCACGUUUGGUGCUGGAGUAUGCCGCGGAUAUGGGAAGGAAGAUCUGGGAUCCGGUGAGUCUGCUUACCGAUGUAGGGGCGUUGACUUACUACCCGACCACACUCCGGCUGCCUCAUUACUGCGCUCUGGUGCGGAAGGUUAUGGUUACGCCGACCAAGAUCAUAUUCAGCACUCCCACCGUCGAGACGACCAACCGAGUCAUUCGGCAUUACUGGACUUUUCAGAAUUACUUUAUGCGCAUUCAGUUCACGGAUGAGCAGCUGGAGGGGAGGGUGAGAGGGAGCGAUGCUGACAGGGAUGAUGACCUCUAUACCCGCGUUUAUCGAGUCCUCUUUUGGGGCAUUCGCAUGGGGAAGUGGCACUGGAAGUUUCUGGCGUUUGGGAACUCCCAAGUCAGAGAAAAUGGAGCUUUCAUGUUUUGUCAGCCUGAUAGUCAUGCGGGGGACAUGGUGCCCAGUUGUGAUGACAUUCGCAGGUGGAUGGGCAACUUUGAACAUAUCAAGGUGGUUGCAAAGUAUGCGGCCCGGCUAGGGCAGUGUUUCUCGACCACGCGUGUGUUGAGGGGUGGAACAUUCCCGCCCAUCGUCGAGAUCGAAGACAUCAACACCGCGGACGGCAAGCACUGCUUUACUGAUGGUGUGGGGAGGAUUUCUCCUCUGCUCUCCAGGCUGGUGGCCGAAGACUGGCAGGUAUAUCCACCACCGUCAGCGUACCAAUUCCGCAUGGGCGGCUGCAAAGGAGUCCUGGUUGGUUGGAAGCACGCCAAGGGAACGGAGGUUCACAUCCGGCCGUCUCAGGAGAAGUUCUCGGCUGCGUACAAUGGUCUGGAGGUCGUCCGGUGUUCCAGCUUUUCAUGCGCCACGCUCAACCGGCAGACCAUCACGAUCCUGUCGUCGUUGGGUGUCCCGGACCACGUGUUCGUUGAUCUGAUGCGCGAGCAGCUAUCCAGAUUUGACAGGGCCAUGACGGACGGGAAGAGCGCGGUGGACAUGCUCACGUCGUUUGUGGACGAGAACAUGACCACGGUUAGCAUCGCGCGCAUGAUCAAGAGCGGGUUUAUGGACUCGAACGAGCCGUUUGUCAAGACUGUUUUGCAGCUGUGGCGGGCUUGGUCUUUGAAGACGCUCAAGGAGAAGGCGAGGCUGGCGGUGGAGAAGGGGGCUUUUGUGCUGGGGUGUGUGGACGAGACGGGGACGCUGAGGGGGCAUUCGAAGGCUACGGAGGGGAGGCAGAGGAUACGGCGGGAUCAACUUCCUCAGAUCUUUUUGCAGAUUCCUGAUCGAGAUGAUCCGAGCGGAUACAAGGCUAUUGCUGGGUUGUGUAUUAUUGGUCGCAACCCUUCUCUGCACCCCGGGGAUAUUCGCGUGGUGGAAGCGGUGGACGUUCCGGCGUUGAGACAUCUUCGUGAUGUGGUGGUUUUUCCCCUCGAGGGCGACAGAGAUGUGCCGAGCAUGUGCUCAGGGGGUGAUCUGGACGGGGAUGACUUUUUUGUCAUUUGGGACGAGAAGCUGUUGCCAACGGAGUGGUCGCAUCCUCCUAUGGACCACACGCCUCAGCCACCUGUGACGAGUGACUCGAAGAAGUCGAUCAUGGAGAGUUUGGCCUCGUUUUUUGUGUUGUUCAUGAAGAACGACAGGUUGCCUUUUAUUGCGCACGCUCAUCUUGCGACGGCGGAUGCGGAGCCGCAGGGGGCGAAGAGUGAGAAGUGUUUGAAGCUUGCCGAGAUGACGGGCGUCCCGGCAGAAUGGAGCAAGAAGCUAAAUCCAAGAUCGUGGCCUCACUUCAUGGAGAGACAGAAGGGCAGUUACCACUCCAAGACUGCUUUGGGACAGCUCUAUGACAUGGUUCACACGCAAGACUUUGACUCGACGAAGAACUACCAGUCGCCGUUUGACAGACGGAUUUUGUCUCGGUAUAUGCUCGAUCAGGAGGUGUUGAAAACAGCACGCAAGAUCAAGACGCAAUACGACAUUGCCAUGCGUAGAAUCCUCGGCAUGCUCGAGAUCCGCACCGAGUUUGAAGUCUGGACCGGGUUCGUCAUGUUCAAGCCCCGAGUCGGGUCCGACUACAAGGUUCAGGAGAAAGUCGGCAGGGAGGCAGCCGCGCUCAGGGAGCAGUUCCGGGCCGAGUGCAUCAAGGCGGCGGGAGAUCGGCACUUUGAGAAGCUGGGGCCGUUUGUGGCGGCCAUGUACCAGGUCACCUGCGAGGAGAUGCGGAUUGCGCUGUAUCAAGCUCGUCAGCCGCAGGUGCUCGCAGAUGGGACGAUCAAUGCGAGGAGGAUCACGGCGAGGUCGAUGCCGUUGGUGACGUUUCCUUGGCUUUUCCCCGAUGAGCUGGGACGGAUUGUCAAUGGGAGGGAGAAUGGUUUGAUUGAUUUGGGGAUGGGGAAUAAACUCAAGAUGCCGAGGACGCAGGAGGUUGUCAAUAGGGAGGGUUUGGUGGUGGAGGAUGAUGAACAUCAGUCUGAUCUCCGGGAUAUCGACUUUCUCAAGAUGGCGGAUGGGAGAAUUGUGCACCGGGGGGAGAUUGUGCAUUUCUUUCAGCACGACGAUGAUGGUGAUGAGCAGCAGCAGGAGAGCGUUGCUCAGUUCGAGACGGAAGGGGAGCCUACUUCGGCGUCGGAGGCUGAGUUGAUUGCGGGGUUAGAGUCUGUCGUUAUUACGCCGCGGGAGGAGCUGCUUGUGCCGGUGGAGGAGCAGAAGGAUUUGUUGAGUGAGGAUGAUAGGGGGACGGUAACCAGGGAUUUGCUGAAUGAUGAUGAUACAGGGACGGUGAAGCCGGGGGAUGAUCUGCUGAGUUCGAGCCCGGUUACUGUGAGGAGUUUGGGGGUUGGGGUUGGGGAGGGUAAAGGGAAGCAAAAGAUGCUUCCGCCAACGCUGGGGGAUUUCUUUGCGGUGAAGAAGGAGGAAGAAGAGGAGGAGAUUGGAGAGCAGUCGGAGGGGGAGGAGGAGGAGGUUGAGUAUGAGGAGGUGGUUGUGGUACCGAAGCAGGAGACAGCGCUGGGGAAGUUGGCGAGGUUUCUUUAG